AAGAAGAAAGUGGAAGACAAGAGAUUGUGGCGUAGCUCAAAAAAUCAACUUCCUGUUAAGAAAGGGCCACAGCUCCGCCAAAGUUACUGCCUCACUGAUGUCACUUGAAGCGUUCGUCGUCCAGGAGUAAGACCGGGUGAGGAUUUUGGGGGUAAAAAGACACAGGUGCCAAGACAGAUAAGAGGCAAUAUAGAAAAGAGACGUAUGUUUUUCUUAUUUAAUAGAGAAGAGUUUAUUAGUUUGUUUAUGACGUUCAUAAGAGAGGCGUUUUGAAUUACCAGAAGUCUUGUGUCGCUCUUCAACAGGACGUAUGGUGGCUUAGCCAAGCGCCAACAGCUCUUGGUCAUGGCGUGUCUCUCUGGACUAACGGCCCUCUUGACUCUUGCCAUCCUCAUCUCCUCCGCUCAAUUUGGAGUCACACAAGAUUCUAAAAUUAUGACAACAGCCAAGCCCACAACAGCUGCUCCAUCAGCUUCCAUUACUCCUGCAAACACAUCAAUACCAGAUAGCCAAACCACUCUUGCACGCACCACUCCCACUCCUCCAAGCACGGCUGCUGUAGGAGGUCCUUCAGCAGCUGACUCUCCUCCCAACUCCACCAACUCAUCACCAGCAGAUAUCAGUUCCUUACCCACACGCACCCCCGCACUUCAACAGAACAUAUUGACUGUAGAUGCCACUAGUGAAACAGUCACCUCUCCCCCACUCACCCCCACACGUCAACAAAACACAACAAACCCAAUCACCGGUGAAACAGGUAAAAGCUGAUUAUUCUUGUUGGUCACUCAAUUUGCUGGCGGCAGGGUGGUUAACUUUGUUUCUCCUCUCUGUGUGUUAUGGAAACUCACUGCGCUGUUGUUUCAUUUAAUACAACUUGUCCUAAUGUAUGAACUUACAGCUCUUUUGUGCAGUGUAUUUGAAACAUGAUAAUCUUUGCAUGUUGUGGACUUACGUAACUACAUUUGAACUAAGACAUCAGCAAUGAGGACAACUAUCUAUUUUGUGGAAUGAGACUGAUGUUACUGUACUGUUAUUAAAACACUGUUACAGUAUUUGUGCAAUUUUGUUCCCCUUACUUUACCUCCAUACUACUCUUGCACUAAACUUUGCUUGC